AUGAAACGCAAAUUGGACGCCAACAAUGUUCCUAGCCCUGCAGAGGAUGUAAAGGGGUCGAAAGAGGAAUCUACUUUUGCUAGCCUUGGCCUCGACUCCAGACUACUACAAGGAAUUGCGAAACAAAAAUUCCAGACACCAACUCUCGUGCAGACCAAAGCAAUACCAUUGGCAUUGGAAGGGCGGGACGUUCUGGCAAGAGCGAAAACUGGAUCCGGAAAGACCGCGGCAUAUUUGCUUCCGAUCCUGCACUUGAUUUUGAAGCGGAAACAGACUUCUUCUACUCAGUGCACAUCUGCGCUAGUGCUUGUUCCUACCCGCGAACUUGCUGAGCAAGUCACCAAAACAAUAGAGGCAUUCGCUGCAUUCUGUACGAAGGAUAUACGAGCCGUCAACCUCACACAGAAAGUUUCCGAAGCUGUUCAAAGAUCACUCCUUGCCGAUUCCCCAGAUAUUGUCAUAGCAACACCGGCCAGAGCAUUUGAGAAUCUUGAAGGCUCAGCACUUUCGCUGGAUAGCCUGGCGUAUCUGGUUAUUGACGAGGCUGAUCUCGUCCUGUCAUACGGAUAUGAUGAGGACCUGCAGAAUGUUGCCAAGGUCUUGCCGAAAGGGGUGCAGACAAUUCUGAUGAGUGCUACAUUGACAAGUGAGGUCGAGACAUUGAAAGGUCUAUUCUGUAGGAGCCCAGCAAUACUGGAGCUUGAUGAGCCUGAUAAUGCUGGGGAGGGUGUUAGUCAAUAUGUUGUGAAGUGCGCAGAGGAUGAGAAAUUCUUGCUGGUCUACGUCAUAUUCAAACUCAAACUGAUAAAGGGAAAGUGCAUUAUAUUUGUCGGUGACAUUGACAGAUGUUACCGGCUGAAGUUAUUUUUGGAGCAAUUUGGGAUUAGAAGCUGCAUUCUCAACUCAGAGCUACCGGUUAAUUCGCGCAUUCAUGUGGUCGAGGAGUUCAACAAAAAUGUGUACGAUAUCAUUAUUGCCUCGGAUGAACACGAAAUCAUGGGUGAUGAAGAUACACCUAAGGAGAAGGGGGUUGAGGAAUCCACAUCUUCGAAAGAUGUCGAAAAGGAUGAUGAAGGGAUAGAAAAGCCAGAAGCAAAGCUUCCGCCGAAGAAGAAACGAAAAACUACCGAGAAAGACAAGGAGUAUGGUAUAUCUCGGGGCAUCGACUUCAAAAAUGUUGCUUGUGUUCUUAACUUCGACCUCCCUACAUCGCCAAAGUCAUACACACAUCGGAUUGGUCGCACAGCUCGUGCCGGGCAAACCGGCAUGGCAUUAUCAUUCGUCAUUCCGGCUGAGUCGUAUCGGAAACAUGUACCAACAAGCAUCGAAUCAGCAAAAGAUGACGAGAAAGUAUUGGCAAAGAUUAUAAAGCAUCAAGCAAAGAAGGGAAAAGAGGUCAAGCCCUACAACUUCGAUAUGAAGCAAGUUGAGGCGUUCAGAUAUCGAAUGGGAGAUGCCUUAAGAGCCGUUACUAGGAUUGCAAUCCGGGAGGCACGAACUAGGGAACUGAGACAAGAGCUGAUCAAGAGCGAAAAGCUAAAGCGCCAUUUCGAGGAAAAUCCCGGAGAUCUACAUCAUCUUCGCCAUGAUGGAGAACUGCGUCCAGCGAGGGUCCAGUCCCAUUUGAAGCAUGUGCCUGAUUACUUACUACCGGAGGGAGGAAGGAAGGCACUCACGUCUGGAGAGAUUGGGUUUGUUGGAUUUCGGAAAACUACGGAGAAUCGUAGGAGAGCUAGAUCGGCCAAGGGAAGAGGAAAGAAGCCAAUUGGGCGAAAGGUUGAUCCUCUGAAGACAUUCAAGGGGAAAUCACGGAAGUAG